AUGCAUGAUCUUAUCAGUAAAGGAAGCGAAGAUGAAAUGAAGGUCUGGAGAAACUCUCUCCCAAAGACCAACUUUGUUUUCAAGAAUGAAUCAGAAACAGUGGAAGAACCUAGGUCGUAUAAGGUUUUGUCCGAGAGUGCACGGGAUGCAUGGAAACAUGCAAUAGAGAAGGCCAAAGCCAUGCCCGACCCCUGGGCUCAGUUUCACCUGGAGGAAAUCCAGACUGAACCCUGCACUCGUUACAGGUACAACGCCAUCACAGGAGAAUGGGCUCAAGACCAGGUCCACAUAAAGAUGGGUGCCCAGCCGUUUGGGAAAGGGGCCAUGAGGGAGUGCUUCAGAACGAAGAAACUCUCCAAUUUCUCACACAGCAGCAACUGGAAGUCGGCGUCCAAUUAUGUGGCCAAGCGUUACAUGGAGGAAGUGGACAGAGGUGUUUACUUUGAGGACGUCCGGCUGCAAAUGGAGGCCAAACUCUGGGGAGAGGAGUUCAACCGUCACCGACCUCCUAAACAGGUUGACAUCAUGCAGAUGUGCGUUGUGGAGAUGGCAGAAAGACCAGAUAAACCUCUCUUCCACCUGGAACAUUACAUCGAGGGCAAAUACAUCAAAUACAACUCCAACUCAGGCUUUGUGAGGGACGACAACAUUCGUCUCACUCCACAGGCCUUUAGUCACUUCAGCUUUGAGCGAUCGGGUCACCAGCUGAUCGUUGUUGACAUCCAGGGAGUCGGAGAUCUCUACACUGACCCUCAGAUCCACACAGAGAAGGGCACCGACUUUGGAGAUGGAAAUCUAGGUGUGCGAGGCAUGGCGCUGUUCUUCCACUCCCACCUGUGUAACAAGAUCUGCAAGAGUAUGGGCCUGACGCCUUUCGAUAUUUCACCUGCGGAGAAGUCCCAGAUGGACUCCACCAACAAACUGCUCAAGUCGGCUCAGACGGUGCUGCGGGGCUGUGAGGAGCCCUGUGGCUCUCCUCGUGUUCGCACCAUUUCAGUGGGCCGGGCUCCUCCUUUGCUGUCCCGCCUGUCUGAGACGUCGUCUGCAGACGAGAGCAUGAGCGACGUGGACUCUGUGCCCUGCUCCCCUCUCAUCCUGCCCUGUUCCCCACUGGCUGCAUCAGGAUAUAUGGGAAAGUCCCCCUUUGGAUACACUUUAACUGGGAUGUAUGAAUAUGAACGACUCAACAAUAACAACACAGGUGAACACAAGGAAUCCGACAGCGGAAGUGACAGCGGCUACCCCAGCGAGAGGAGGAGUGAAGGCGACCCAAAUGACAACGUAGACGGGGCCAAUCAUCGCUCCCACAGACAUUACUCUGAGUCGGAUGAGGACAGUUUCAGACGGCUGACUGAGGAAAACUGGAGUUUCUACCACUCGUCUCGCGCUCACGUCCACAGAUCGUCCUGCGUGGCCACAGAGGUGGAGCGGCUCAACGCUCUGCUGCAGACAAAGAUUGGCCAGUCGAACCUCGGGAAGGUCCACUUGGCGAUGGUGCGGUACCACGAGGCGGGUCGUUUCUGUGAGAAGGACGAGCAGUGGGAUCAGGACUCGGCCAUGUUCCACCUGGAGAGAGCAGCUCUGUGUGGAGAGCUGGAGGCCAUUGUAGCGUUAGGACAGUGCUACAUGCAGCUGCCUCAUCACAUCCUGCCUGACUUGAAGUUCGAGGAUAAUGCAGGAAACAGGAUGAAGGGUUUUAAAUAUCUGCUGCUGGCAGCCGAGGCUGGAGAGAGAUCGGCUAUGAUCACAGUGGCCAGAGGCUUUGACACUGGGAUCAGUCUGCCAGCUGACAGAAAGCAGGACUGGAAGGAGGCGAUCCACUGGUACGACGGAGUGUUGAACACGACAGACCACGAUGAGGGGGGAGAGUUUGAUGGGACGCAGGACGAGCCUCGACACCUGCUGCUGGCCAGAGAGGCAGAGAUGUACCAAGAAGGAGGACACAACCUCACUGCUGACCCACAGAGAGCAGGUGAUCUGUUCACAGAAGCGGCAGAAGCUGCCAUGGCGGCCAUGAAAGGUCGACUGGCAAACCAGUACUACAUGAAAGCUGAAGAAGCCUGGGCGCUAAUGGAGGAGUAAUUCUAGAUUCACAUUUCUAUCACAAAAAGGCCACGGGGGUUCAUUUGUCUGACCGAUAGCCAGGCUAGUUUACAUUUUAUAUUACAGGAUGUUUGCUAACAGUGCUACGUGUGUGUGUGUGUGUGUGUGUGUGUGUCUUUCAGUCUUAGUUUAGCAGCAUAGUUAAUGAGUUUCUUUUUCCUGUUUCUUUUUCCUCUUUUCUUUAAUCUCCACCUUUACUUACCUAUUUGCUUCAUGAAUGCAUGAAAGAGGAAAAACUGCAGAAUCAAAUAAAGAGUAACGUUUACUUUCUUUGACCCAAACGUUAACAAAGUUGUUUUAUGAUUGCAUGUUAAAGAAAGAAAAAUGUAAAUAAAGUUUAAUCUGCUUUUUGGGUAAA